AUGGCCUACAGAAGCCACACCGCCUCCCCUGCUGGGAGCCAGUCGCCCUCGCCCUCCUCCUCCACCAAUCCAUCCCCCUACCUCACCACCACCCCGCUCCUCGACCUCAUGACCAACAACAGCAACAGUGAUGAUCGCGAGUCCUCCCAAAGCGCGCACGGAACACCCAACCAACCCACCUCCGCCCUACCUCGCACCCAGAACUCGGGCAAAGGAGGCUGCUGGACAUGCCGUGUUCGACGGAAGAAAUGCGACGAGCAGCGCGAAGGCGACUCGUGCAAGACGUGCAAACGCCUGACCAUCAAGUGCCUCGGAUGGGGUCCCAAGCGGCCGGACUGGAUGAGGGAUAAGAAGAACGUCGAUGCGUACAAGGCUAGCAUCAAGGCUCAACUCUCGUCGAAAGGCCUUAUUCGCGGACAGCCUCGGCACAACCCGAUCCAAGUUCCGCCGCACCGACGCCACAAUGCGAAUACGAACGGCAAUGGGCAUAGCUCCUCUGUGAGCAGCCGCAACCACAGCUACAACGCAUUCCAGCAAAUUGGCGACCCCGCCUACAACCAUAGUCACAGUGAUCUCUUGAUGCCCGCGCUGCCCGGUUCCUCCAGCUCGUCCUUCGACCAGCUGACCACCUUCCCCGACGUUUUCGAGCCCGAGACGAGCUUCCACCCUUAUCAAUCUCAGUUGAACCCGGUUCAGCCGUAUGCAGUCGGAGGCGACCCCUUGAACGAUGCAUCGUACGGAUUCCUGCCGAUACCCCCAACCACCCCCAACGACCUCCUCAGCUCAUCACUUUCCUCGCUCUACAACCCUUCUGGUCAUGCCGGAAUGCACGAGCAGCUCGUGAUGAACUACUUCAACGACGUUAGAAAAGUGCAAUUCUUCUUCGCAGGAGAAGCACUGACCGAUAUUACGUACUCUGCGAUUGUCGAAGAGCCUCGCGGAGCCGUGUCGCUGGCGAUCUGUGCCUUGGCCGACCUGUAUUCGAAGCAGAUGCGCGUCUCGCAAGGGCUAGAAGCGCCAAAUCAAAACGCGGAAAAUUCGACGAGCUAUCUGCGGCAUGAGGCGCUGUUGCGACUCGAGAACAACAACGCGACUCACAACGGCUGGACAGAAAAAGAUGCCCUCGCGGCCUUACACCUCAUCAGCCUAUCGCAGAUGGCGGGCGGAAGCUGCGACUGGGAGCAGCCGUUUGGCAUCCUCUCCCAAUGGCUCCUCCAGACGAACCUCCAUCACGCCGAAAAUCCCUGGAUGGCCUUCCUCAGUCUGUCCCCAACCUCCCAACUUUGCGUCAAAGCGACAUUGUGGUUUGACGUGUUUUCCAGCCUUUCGGUCGCCCGCCCGCCUAAAUUCUUGCCGUUAUGGAAGAGGCUUCUCGGCGACCAGCAAAGCUUUUGGGGAAACGGAGCUGAGCUGGAAGUGCCCCACCGCCUGAGAAUGGACGCCUUGACGGGAUGUCCAGAUGAAGCGAUGUUGGCCAUCGCCGAGGUGUCUGCGCUCGCCCACUGGAAAGCGUCGCAAAUACGCAACGGCUGCCUAAGUUACCCAGAGCUUGUUCGGCGCGGAACGGUUAUCGAGCAACAGCUACGGCGUUUUUCGACGGACCCGUCGAGCGGCGCCGACGUGUCGCAACCGCGACUGCACUCGAAUGGAGAUGCGACAGUCCCAUCGGAGGAGGAGCGCUCUUGGGCCGCAAGUCUUUUCCGGGAGGCGGCAAACCUAUACCUCCAUACCGUCUUGAGCAACUCCACGCCUGGCGUACCUGAGAUCAGCACUUCGGUGGAAACGAUUGUCCACCUCUUUUCAAAGUUUCAACCAAGCGAUCUCGACAGGGCCCUCGUCUUCCCAAUCUGUUUUGCUGGUGCCAUGUCGAACGACUCCACGAGGCGCGACUUCCUCAAGGGUCGAAUGCGUGGGCUGAACGACAGUUACGGCAACCUCCUCCAAACCCGGCGUCUCAUGGAGGCCGUCUGGCAGAAACGUGAUGUAGGCGGAAAAGAAGUUGAUGUUCGCGAAACAAUACGAGAGCAAGGACUUCAAUUGCUCCUUAUCUAA